AUGAAAAUCAAAGCUCUUUCUCGGUCUGCUGCUGCACAGCAGACUCCUGGUACCAAUGUCCAAAGGGUACAGCGGAAUAUUGAUCCAUCCCAACAUCCGUUUGAACGAGCUCGCGAAUAUACAAGAGCCCUUAAUGCAGUCAAGAUGGAGAGAAUGUUUGCUUCCCCGUUUAUUGCGCAGCUAGGAAAUGGACAUGUCGAUGGUGUUUAUAGCAUGGCGAAGGAUCCAAUUUCCCUCGAACGGUUCGCCAGCGGGAGCGGAGAUGGUGUUGUGAAGAUCUGGGAUUUGACCACACGAGAUGAAAUAUGGCAUGCACAGGCGCAUGAAAAUAUUGUUAAAGGGAUGUGCUGGACUUCCGAUAGAAAACUCCUUUCGUGUGCCAGUGACAAGACCGUCAAACUUUUCGACCCAUACAAUACCCCCUCUGAGUCCGCUCCGCUUGCAACGUACCUUGGUCAAGGCGCGUUUACCAGCGUAUCACACCACGAGACGCAUCCAUCAUUUGCCGUAGCUUCAUCCGUCAUAUCAAUCUAUGACCUUUCAAGGCCUUCAUCUACUCCCUCGGAGACUCUUAGCUGGCCAACUAGUACAGAUACCAUUACGUCCCUAGCCUUCAACCGCACUGAGACAUCCAUUUUAGGCUCGACUGCCACUGACAGAUCCAUUGUGAUGUAUGACCUGCGUACCUCAUCACCAGUCUCCAAGGUGAUAUUGACUCUUGCUUCAAACGCAAUAUCUUGGAACCCCAUGGAAGCAUUCAACUUCGCUGUCGCAAAUGAAGAUCAUAACAUAUACAUUUUCGAUAUGAGAAAGAUGGACCGCGCUUUGAACGUUCUCAAAGAUCAUGUUGCAGCUGUUAUGGAUGUCGAAUUCAGUCCAACUGGUGAAGAACUGGUAUCUGCAUCUUAUGAUCGUACUAUUAGACUUUGGAACCGGGAGAAAGGACACUCAAGGGAUGUUUACCAUACAAAGAGAAUGCAAAGAGUUUUCUCGGCAAAAUUUACCCCAGACAACAACUAUGUUUUAUCUGGAUCCGAUGAUGGUAAUAUACGACUUUGGAGGUCAAAUGCUUCCUCCAGAGGAGGUAUUAAGAGUGCCAAAGAACGUCAAAAACUGCAGUAUGAUGAAGCCCUGAAACGCCGGUAUGCUCAUAUGCCUGAAAUCCGCCGUAUCAAACGGCAUCGACACCUGCCCAAAGCUAUAAAGAAGGCCGGUGAAAUUAAGGGAGAAGAGAUAAAGGCAUUGAAGAGACGUGAAGAAAACGUGAGGAAGAAUAGCAAGGUAGUGAAGCCGCGUCGAAGCGAGAGAGAGAAGAUGGUCUUGGCAACAGAAAAGUAA